UCCUAGAGCCUUUAACCCUUUAGGCUCCUCCUUUUGGUUCCCUCACAAUAAAAAACGGCCUCCCAACGGCCGGCGCCCGGCCUCUCUGCGCAUGCGCAAAGCCCUCCGAACUUAGCCUAGCGCUGCUCGCUGCUUCUCCGAAGACGAGAAGAGAAGAGAAAGAGAGCGAAGAAGAGUUGAGACUCAGGACGGAGACCGAGGCAGAAGGAGGAGCAGGAGACUAAGCUGAAAGAUGGAACAGAAUCUAUCGGAGAAAAAACCAGCCAUCGCCCAGACUGCAGACUUCGAUGUAAUGGGUGCCUUAGACUGGAAAGACGGCAUUGCCACCUUGCCGGGUAGCAACAUACAAUUUCGUUUAAGUGAAUUUGGAACACUGGAACUCAUUACUGAAGUUGAAGCAAAAGCUGCAAAAGCUCUCUCUACUUCUUCAGUAAAUAUCAGUUCAGCCAUAUUUAACUUGUCUGCUUCUUCUGCUACCAACACUAUAUCUACCUGUCAUCCUGAAGUGUCCCUAAACAACAUUUCCAGAUCUGAACUUCAAGCCAGUGAAAAUAACAGAUACGUUGAACAAAUGGACAACUUUGGGAAUUUGCACCAGGAGCAUAAAGAAAGAGUCUCUAAGGACGCUCCAAGUGACUGUGGAAAACGGGAAGGUACCAGCCAGGUUAAUGAAGCUGAGAGAUCUUCUAAACGCCUUCGAAGGAAGAGGAAAUUGCUCUUGGAUUCUGAAGAUGAGGAAGAAAAUGCAGAUGAUGAUGAGGAAAAGAGUAAAUUGAAUUUGAAAAACCGCAAGAACACUAAGCCAUUUAAACAAGUUUUUCCUGGAAAGAAGUGUGUAUGGAACUGGAUGUCAUACCUAGAAGAAAAACGAAUGCCAGCUGCUCCAACAAAACUUUUCAAAGAGUCUCAAUCAUUUCCACAAAACAAAAAUGGAUUUAGAGUUGGAAUGAAACUAGAGGGCCUAGAUCCUGAACAUCCAUCUUUAUUUUGUGUCCUUUCUGUUGCUGAGGUGCAGGGUUACAGAAUGAGAUUACAUUUUGAUGGUUAUUCUGAGUGCUAUGAUUUCUGGGUUAAUGCUGACUCUCCAGACAUUCACCCUGUUGGCUGGUGUGAAAAAACAGGCCACAAGCUGCUCCCUCCUAAAGGUUACAAGGAUGGGGAAUUUAAUUGGACUUCAUAUCUGAAGAACUGCAAAGCUCAAGCUGCCCCAAAAACUCUUUUCAAGGCCCUGAACACACCAGUUACACCUUCUGGUUUUCGAGUGGGAAUGAAAUUAGAGGCAGUAGAUAAAAAGAAUCCAUCCUUGAUGUGUGUUGCAACCAUUGCAGACAUGUUAGAUAAUCGGCUACUGGUUCAUUUUGAUAACUGGGGUGAAAGCUAUGAUUACUGGUGUGAUGCUAGUAGCCCAUAUAUUCGACCUGUUGGUUACUGCCAAGAAACUGGAACUCCUCUGACAACACCAGCUGAAUACAAAGAUUUCAAAACCUUCUCAUGGGAGAAAUACUUAGAGGAAACUGGCUCUCAGGCGGCCCCAGCGAGAGCAUUUAAACUGCGCCCAGCUCAUGGAUUUCAGGCUAAUAUGAAACUAGAAGCUGUGGACAAAAGAAAUCCAAUGUUAAUUAGAGUGGCAACUAUUGUUGAUAAAGAUGACCAUCAUGUCAAGAUACAUUUUGAUGGUUGGGACAAUUAUUUUGAUUUCUGGAUUGAUGCCGAUAGUCCAAACAUUCACCCUGUGGGCUGGUGUGCAAAAACUGGACAUGACCUACAGCUUCCACCAGGUACUGCAGAUCCAUCUGGGACAGCAGGACAAGGAUGCCCUACUCCAGGUUGUCAAGGAUUGGGUCAUGUUAGAGGCCCCAGAUAUGGAACACAUUACACAUUGAUUGGCUGCCCAUAUUCUGAAAUCAAUCGCAACCGAGAGUGCUCCUUACAGGAUCGCCUUGGUGGAGAAAAACCUUCACUAAGUUUCAUUGCUCAAAAACUCAAGAAACCUGAAGCUACUGUAUCGCUUACUGAUUUUCAAGAAGACUCUCCACAGUCAAGUAGAAAGUCAUCCACAGAAGAUGGAGAGAUAUCAGGACGAAGCAGUGUUCACAGUCUUUCUGAGCAGUCUGAGACCAGCCAGCAAAAGGACUGGGCAGAAGGAGUAUCCUCUGCUGAUACCAAAAUCAAAUCCAAAAGGACUGAUUCCUCACAUAGCUAUAUAAAGUUCCAUGUAGUGAAGCAGAAUUCUGGUGGAAGAGCAUUUGCCCUGCAGCAAUCCCUCCACCAAUCUGUCUUCAUGCCUUCCCUUUCUGCAAACCCUACACACCGCCUCCAUCUCUGCUGGGAACAACACUGUAAGCUGCUGCCGGAGGUCUCAGGCCUCACUGCCAAGAAUGUGGCCAAAUGGAGUGUGGAAGAGGUGGUCGGUUUUAUCCAGCGUCUCCCUGGGUGCAAGGAUCAGGCCCCACUCUUCCGGCAAGAGCAGAUUGAUGGUGAAGCCUUCCUUCUCCUGAAUCAGUCAGACAUUGUUAAAAUUCUCAGUAUCAAGUUGGGGCCUGCAUUGAAAAUAUACAAUGCCAUCCUCAUGUUCAAGACUGCUGAAGAAGACUGAGACAUCUCCUCCAAGACCAGACUGGGUCAAGAAGUCAGAACUGGGAAAGCCUGCAAAGAACACUACAGCAGCAAAGAACCCAGAGUCUCUGCUACUAAAUAUUGAAAAGACUGGCAACUUGGAAAGGCUUUAGCCUAAUCACAUUUCAGACUGUUUUGGGUGAAACCUAGUGAAAAGAUCCUGAAGAAGUAUGGUCUCUUUUGCCACUUGGAAUAGAUUUGAUGGUUUCCCUUCUAGGAAGAGAUUAUUAUUUUUCUUAUUGAAUUUAAAUAUUUUAAUAAUGAUCUUUUGUAAAGAUCUUGAUGACACCUCCAGUUCUAAAAGGAGUCCUGGGUGCUGCUGUUGGUAGGGAGCUAAACUCAAGCAAUCUUACUUCCCCUGUUGACAGUGCCUAAAAUGGAGCUGAACCUAUAACUGGUAUAUUUGAUAGAUUCUGUGUGUGCAGAGCUUGGAGGUGGGGGCAUAAGAAAACAAGGGAAGGGGGAAAUCUUGCAAAUCAAUUCCUCAUGGAACAUCUUUGUUUUCCCAGGCUAGCUUUCAACCUGGCUCCUUCAUUUGUUUCUUUUCAGCUGUCCAAACAGUGACAGUUAUUUUCUUUUUCUAGCAGCACUUGUUGGGUUUGAAGCAGUAACAGAAAUAGGGUCCAAUUCCAUAUAUGUUGGUUUUCUAGUUGUUAGUCCUGCAUUGUGAGCUGAUUUAAAUAUUUAAUAAAGGCUACUGGAGAUGGUCAGAAGGUAGGCAUGUAAUUUCAGUGUAGCAGAGUAACAAGUCUAUUUCUUUCUUUUUUAAAAAAAAUUGCUUCCAUCUUCCUGUGGUUCAGUGCAAAGAGAGUAUACAGAUGGGAUAACAUCCAGUUCUGUCAUGAUUUCUUUUCCAUGAAAGAAUCCUUCGGAGAUGCUUUAUUUUGAGAGCAUAGUGUAUCUAGCUUGGAUCUUUCUUAAUUUUAAAUACAAAGCAGUUAAAUGUACAGGUCAGUCAGUCAAUCAAUCUUUUAUUGUAUUUGACUAAAAGCCAUUACAACUUGAUUAGAACAAAAGCCACAUUAAAAUCCAGUAAAGAAAAUAUAGCUUUACUUACUUACACAGAGAGAGAGAGAGAGAGAGAGAGACCUAUAUAUAUGCAACAUCAUAUUAGUGAAUCCCCUGCACAGCGUACAGGUAACUAAAAUACUGCUGUCCUGCAUACACCGUUUGUUUCAGUAGGAUUUAAUAUAUGUACCUCUAAAGCCCUAUUUAAAUGAAGUAAAUGGAGACUACAUGGUAGCAGUACCUGAUAUCCUAAGCAUGCCACUUUUGUGUUUGCGCUGUUAGGUAGACCCAAGAACUGGAAGGUUCAGCCCCAGACUGCUAUUGUAUUUUCAGCCUUUGGAAUGAUAUCUGCCAUCUCUGCUGUGCAGGGGUCUAUUCUAUAUUUGAUUUUGUUGAAAGACAGUGCACUGUUUGACUGCAUGGAGAAAUAAGAGAGGGGGGGUGCUGUGUGCCAAAAGAACAUGAAAGACAGAGAGGAACAAGGAUUCUGGAAAUAAAAUUGGUUUAUCUGUAAAUAUGAUUCCCUUAUGCUUGCAGCACAUAAUGGCUAAGUAUUUUGCAUCUUUUUACUGUCACAUCUGUACCCACUUGCACUAUAUGGCAACAUUAGAAUAUAGGCAAACAUUACAGCUACCUCCUUCCCUGCAAAUACAGCUUAGAACUUGGGAGGGAGACACACAUUAUUCUUUUGUUCAGGCACAAAGAAAUUUAUGGAUUUCUCCAGUAACCUCUGUCUGUCAUGCAAGCACAUCAAAGUGACUGUUCAUACACUUUUGGGUUUCUGGCUGAUAAGAGUCACAUGGACCAAUAUUUCCCUCUGACCAAAGCAGAAUAAGUCUUCUAUUUAUUUAAUGUAAAGCCAUUAGUAGUGUUGAUAAAAUUUAAGUGAGUUAAAAGGGCAAAAUUUCUGUCAAUGUUAUCCAGUCACUGGCAUGCAGAAUGUGAGCUGACAAAGAACCCCUUUCCCCCCUGUUGCUCAUUGAUAGUGUAGUUGUAAUGAAUUAUCUCUCAACUUUUGCUUCUUAUAAGCAAAUGGGUUAGAUUAAAAGAAGAAUGUCUCUUCUUUUAAUCUCCCUACUUGAGUCUUCAUAACCUUGCCAAAAUCAAGGUGAUAUAAAACUUGUAAAUAGUGUACAAUCCAGGCUACUGAAUCUGAACUCUAUUGAAUAAAUCUUCCAAGGCACUAUGUCUUAUAGCUUUCUAUUUUUGUAUAAGAAGUUAAGGAGUUUAAGUCUUCUGUACAGAAGAGGCAUCACUGAAGGAGCGUGAAAGAAUCUUGGGAAUCAGCAGAAGAUGGAUUGUCACCUAGAAUUGGAUAUAGCUUUAUGGUUCUGGGUAAAAGAAACAUUUAAAAAUACAUUUCUAAUGUGAUAUCAGAAUUGCCAAAGGGCAUCUUCUUAAUUUUCCUGCAAGAUACUUAUAGGUGAGGAAAAACACCUUUUGUAGCAAUGAAAGUCACAUAUACAGUAUACAGCUGGGUAGCACAUUAACAACAACAACAAUAAUAAUAAUCAUAAUAAAAUUUAUUUGUAUCCUGCCCCUCUGAGAACAAUCGGGGCGGCUAACAAAGUUAAAAAUACACAACAUAUAAAAUGCCUUUGACCCUCUCCUCCUUAAAACAGUAUUAAAUCCAAUGCAAUACUUUAAAAAAACAGGACAAAACAACAACAGCAAACAAACAUACAAGUUAAAAACUGACCAGAAGGUUAACAACAUCAGAGCAGCAAACAAUCAGUGGGAGCAGCAGUAUCUUUCCCAGACAUUUUUCUAAGGCUGGGUUCUCUAUUCUGGGAAGGCCUGCCGGAAGAGAUCCGUCUUAACAGCUUUUUUAUCCAUUAAGAACAAUUUUUAUUCAUUGCAAGGCAGACUUGUUUAAGUAGACAGUGUGGAAGGAGGCUUCUUGUGAUUUACUCCUAGGUUUCUGACCUUAGUCUUCUGACAACUUCAUUCAGUUCCUAAACACAGCAGCAUCCUCAUGGGACCCUCAUGUCACUUGGAAGUUGUCAGUCAAUACAAAAAAAGUGAAUCCUGGCAAUCCAGAAUGAUCUGACUGAGCAUUAUUAUGUUGUAAUGGGAGAAGAUAGCAGUUGAUAGACUUGUGUUUCAUCUGUAUUAAUGUCUGUCUGGACAAUCCAACCAGAUGUUAAACUAAUAGUUUAGUGGGUAAUUUCUUACUUGCCAAUGAUUAUAUUCAAACAUCUCAGUGCAUAUGUGAGGAAGCUAUUGUUUUUUCUUUUAUUUUCAGUAUGAGUUCAUUUUUAUAAAGUUGUGUUCCAAAUUUAUCUACCAAAAGGAAGUUUCAGGGACAUAUCUUUUUUCCAUUUUCAAUCAUAUUGAAGAAAUCAUGCAGGUUUUAUGCAAAUGAUUUCUUGCCUCUAAACCACAAAAUUAGUAUACAUUGAACUUGUACAGAAAACAAACAUAUGUUUAAUCUUUAAAAGCAAAAAAUUAUUUAGAGGAGUGAAUACAGCAGACAAAAUGAAGCUACAAAUUUGCACCAAACAGGAAGAUUGGCACUGUUAUAGCCUUAACCUGCUGAUGGAGCUGGAAAAGAAACAGGACUGACCACUGAGACCAAAUCACAAACCAGGAUGGGAAAUCACAGAAAAGGGAAGCCCAGGUAGCUAAAGUACAAAAAUAUUAGUUAGCAUUGCACAUUUGCUCAAAUCUGUUAAAUGAUUUUGCAAAUAUUUGCUUUCUAGUCUCUUACUUGGUUCUGAUAUCUUCCAUAUCUACAUGGGACUGAGCUAACUGAAAAGUUUGCUACAAUAUUGUAGUUUUGAUAUUAUUUUUACCAGCACAUUAAUGGAAAAGUGUUUACAGUUAGCAGUUUACAACUGUUUAGGCAGUAUGAAGCGGUAUAUAAAUGAAGCUUGGGUUUUUGUUUUUUUUUAAUCCUGCACUGGAAAAGAUAGUAUAAGAGUCACAAUGAAAGACACAAACCCACUGGCCGUCAACCCUUUAACCAAAUGUAACUGAUGAUUUUGUCCUAUAUUCCCACUAUCUUCAGAAGCAAUAUCUAUUAAUAAUUCUUUUGGGCAUUUUUACAUUAUAUCAAUCUUAUGUGAAUGAUUAGAUGAUUUCUUGCAGUGUCUCAAAAUAUUCUUGAAGAAUAUGAUGAGAUUGCUUAUCCAGACCUUUACUGUUCAAUCUCGUUGUCCGUUUGAAGAAUGGACAUGUGGAGACAGUACCAGAAAAGGCUCUUCUAAAAAGUCGAUGCUGCUUGAUCCAAAGAUUUUUCAUGUAAGUCAGAUAAAAUAUUUGUCUUAAAGAAAAUCCAUUUUAUUCAUCUUUACAUAUUAACUGUAAUAUCUUCCAUAAGGAGUUUUCUUCGUAUAUCACCAAAGCAAAGAAAUUCUAUUCUGAAUAUUUCUGCAGUUUAUGUAUUGUAUUGUGCCUUUCUCGUUUAGAAAGACAAGUUUGACCUCCCCCCCCCCCCCCUCUCUCUGUCUCAUCAAGGAAUAUUUGUUAGACUUUUCCAUGCCAUCACAAACUAUCAUUCUCAUAAUCCAGCAUUAGUAGAUUUCAGCUCUGGGUAAUGAAUUAUAUUAGGAGCUGCAUAGAAGAGGCCAGUGACAGUCGUCGCCACAUUUGUUACAAGCAAAGAGCCUAGAGGAUAAGCAAAUCUGGCUGCAAGACUUCCUGCAUGCUGCUUCCAUGCCCUGGCAAGGGAUUUAUGCCAGAGAAAGCUUUAAAGUUUUUGACGUUCUCCCAUCAUUUGACAGUGAGUGAGUUUAUUUUAGAAAUGUCCUAUUAUUUGAAUUAGAGAUGCAUGCAAAGCAGGGAAGUUCAUGGUGGAACUUUGAUUUUCAGUUUUUGAAAUUACGUUAUUAUUUUCCUACCAAUUCUUUUAAAGGCCUUGGAAUUGUUUUCUAUGUGCUUUGCUUUGGGGAUAUUAAUAAAAUGUGAUGUUUCAAAGUA